AUUAUUUUUAUUGCCGUACUUCACGAUUCCAUUACUGAUAAUAAAUCAGGCUUACAUCAGUGUUUGUAUUGUGUACAACGUGUAGAUUUACAGACAAUAAACACAAUAUUUUCGCGUUAUCAGCUUCAGAUUAGUAGACACUGGAAAAUUUUCCAUCAUUUUGUGACAGUUUUGCUGCAAUUUUCAAUUCAUUUGCAGUUCUGAGCUCGCGGAUUGUGGAUUGUUUGCUGUGUUUAAUUGAGUUUUAAGUCGUAAAUUGUGAAAUAAUCAAUAGAUUAAGAUGGAAGAAUCAAAAUUAGAUUCAACUAGAAUGGAUUUGGAUCUACAAGCUGUUGAGGCUAUGCUAUUAGCUACUCAAGAUCAAUCAACUUACCGUCAUCGGUUUGAAGAUGAAUUUGACGCUACUGAGCACCAACAUCAACGCUACAACCCCUUAUCGGGUCAAUGGAUCCUCGUCUCACCACAUCGCAUGAAACGCCCAUGGUCAGGCCAAGAGGAAGCAUCGCAAAAAGAAGACUUGCCAGAGUUUGAUCCAUCAAAUCCACUCUGUCCAGGCGUCACUCGUCCAAAUGGUGAAAAGAAUCCAGACUAUAAGUCAACAUUUGUGUUCACCAAUGACUUUCCAGCACUUUUAGAGGACAUUCCAGUUCCACCUGAGAGUGAUGAUCCAUUGUUCCAGACCAGAGGUGCUCGCGGUACAUGCAAGGUCAUGUGCUUCCAUCCAAAGAGCAACAAAACAUUGCCAGUGAUGAGCUUGACUGAAAUAUCAACAGUCAUUAAUGCUUGGAUUGAUGAGUUCAAGAAGCUAGCCAGAAAGUACACUUGGGUACAGAUUUUUGAGAAUAAAGGUGCUGCUAUGGGAUGUUCCAAUCCACAUCCUCAUUGCCAGAUCUGGGCAUCUUCAUUCUUACCAACUGAGCCUGAAAUUAAGGAUCGAUACUUGCGUGAAUAUUUCGUCAUUUAUGGACGUCCACUCCUCGAAGAUUAUGUCAAGCGAGAACUAAUCAACAAGGAACGAGUUGUCAUCGAAAAUCCAGACUUCCUUGUCGUCGUUCCAUUCUGGGCAUGUUACCCAUUCGAGACCAUGAUCAUUGCACGUGAUUCCAGGGUCAAACGAAUAAAUAACUUGACGUCAUCACAGAUUGCAAAUCUAUCGGCUGUAAUCAAGGAACUGACAACAAAAUAUGAUAAUCUCUUCAAAUGUUCAUUUCCUUACUCGAUGGGAUUUCAUGGAGCACCGACUGGUGAGAUGUUGGACUAUGAUGAUCUUCAUUGGACAUUCCAUGCUAUUUACUAUCCACCAUUGUUGAGGAGUUCAACAAUUAGGAAGUUUAUGGUCGGAUUUGAGCUGUUGUGUCAGGCUCAGAGGGAUUUGACACCAGAACAGGCUGCUGAGAGGUUGAGGAACUUGGAUGGGAAGAAGCAUUAUAGUGAGGAUUAGGAGUGUUGAUCAUGUGUCUUAUGGAUGUGGCUAUAUAGAGGAAUUUAUUAUAUUUUUUAUAUAUUUGUAGCUUUUUGAACAGUUUUAAUAAAAUAAUCAACAUAACCUCAAAAAUUUUUUUUUUAUUUUUGAACCUUUUUUUUUAACCCAGCUUUAGACUGGCUGCUUUAUGUUUUAUAUACCCUAGUUACAUAUUCUAUUAUGGCAAAACUAGCAGCUAACGCUAACCUAAAACACCUCAACUCCACCACCUCUCCUCGAGUCAUACGAAGCAACAAUAUCUCCAUCAUCCACAGAUAUCGCUGUCACAGCAGCAAAUCCACCGUCAGGAAGAUUCUCUCUUAAUGUAUGUCCAUACUGCUCAUUUAAUAAUCUCAUAAUCUCUGAAUCAAAAUUAGAUUCAUAUUGUAAAUCAAGUGGAGUCAGCUGAUGAUGAAGUCGUCUGGCAUCUAGAGCAGCUACAAGGGUUUUGUUCAGGUAGAGAUGAUUGAAAAUGGCUGCGAAGACUCCAGUUGGGAUGCGUGAGCCACCGGCUGCACCGACUAU